AUGUCCUUCUGCGCCUUUUUGACCCCAAUCGGCAAGUCCAAUGUCCUUGCCUUCGCGUCGGGUGAAGUCUCACCAGAAGUUCGAACACCAGUUGCCGACCAACAGAACAACCUUGAGACAAGCCACAACCCAUGCCCUGUGUUAUCGCCCGAGUAUCGCCAUACGUUCUGUGAGACACUGCCAUGGAAAGUCUUCUCGAGGAACGAAGACCCGGGCGCAGUAGCCUUUCAACUUCUCCAAGACAGCUGGUAUGUAUUCAAACAUCUGCACCUCGACACCUGGGCGCAGCAGGCAAUGGGAGGGUCGCCGGCUGCGAUUGUAGCCUUCAACACAUAUUAUAAUCGACUGAGCUAUUCUCUGUUUCACUUUCUCGGUCAGUGCCCAGAGGAGAUCGAGAAAUAUACGGUCGUUGUCACCCUGAUCCGGUGUAAUGAUCUCUUUUUAACUAUGGCCAUAUCCUAUGCGGUUCGCUGUCGUAUGACACUAGAACCUUUUGAACCCCUCACCCUGAAUGUCGAUUGCAUUCUUCUUCCUCUCAAGGCGAUCCUUUCCAACCCGGACAAGCACAUCAUUCGACGGCUGACUGCUCUUGAGGUCCGUUAUCGCCGCUAUCUAGCCAGUCCAGCCUUGGCCCAGGGCGACGAGUUCCCUAUCAACACCGAGUUUCUAAUUCAGAUCAGCGAAAGCUCACCCGACACAGUGGCUUUACAACUAUCUGCAGCUGCCCUGCGUGAAUUUCAUCAAUUGAACCUCCACAGCGUGCAGGCAAAGACCGGUGCUCUGCCUCGGCUUGGUAUCAGAUGGGACCGCCUGUGCCGCGAGACAGAAGAAGCAGCGGCGGUUCCGGAGCUGGGUGGUGCACUGCAGUCUUUAGUACUGGUGAAUGGAAACCGGCCCCCGUAA